AACAAACUGCAUUCUCAUCUCUAAAAUUGAAAAUACCGAGAUUUUUAGGUUAAGCCUCUUAGGUCUGUUGACUUGCAAUUCGUGUUGGGCUUUUGUUAUCAGAACUAAAAGAAAACUUUACAGUUAAUUUCGUUAAGAUUACGUAGACUUUGUUUUUGGCUUUAAUCUAUUUGGUGUACCGUAAAUAUUUGUAGAAAUGAGCUCAAUUGGUACUGGGUACGACUUGUCUGCAUCCCAAUUUUCUCCAGAUGGAAGGGUGUUCCAGGUGGAGUACGCACAAAAAGCGGUAGAAAAUAGUGGUACAGUUAUCGGGCUCAGAGGCAAAGAUGGAGUUGUGUUCGCAGUAGAAAAACUUAUAACUUCAAAGUUGUACGAACCGGGACCAAACAAAAUUUUUACAGUUGAUAAGCAUGUUGGAAUGGCAGUAGCUGGCCUGAUCUCAGAUGCCCGUCAACUGGCCGUUGUAGCCCGGACAGAAUGCUCCAACUACCGCUCCACCUAUGGAACCAACAUCCCCCUCAGUUACCUGAAUGACAGACUCUCAAUGUCCAUGCACGUGUACACACUGUACUCUGCUGUGCGGCCGUACGGCUGCAGUGUUAUCUUGGGAGCUUACGAGGCUGAUGGCCCUGUCAUGUACAUGAUCGACCCUUCUGGAGUUUCAUAUGGUUACUUUGGUUGUGCGAUUGGGAAAGCAAAGCAGGCUGCAAAAACCGAGAUAGAAAAGCUGAAGUUAAAAGAUUUAACAUGUGCAGAGCUCGUGAAAGAAGCUGCAAGGAUAAUCUUCCUGGUUCAUGACGAGUUGAAGGACAAGCAGUUUGAGUUGGAGCUGUCGUGGGUGUGUGCCCAGAGCAAGGGUCUACACGAGCGGGUACCACAAGCCCUACAGCAGGAGGCAGAGAAGUCGGCUCGUGCAGCUAUGGAAGAGGACUCUGACUCUGAUACAGAUGGAAUGUGAAAAUGUUACGUUACACUAAUUAUAAUUUAUGGCAUUUUUUUUUAAUAAAGUAAUUUUGAAAUAGUU